CUGGAGUUGAAUGCUCAGCAUCUCUGACUCGCCUCCUACAGGAGGCUGCUAACGAGUGGCGGAUCAGUCGUCAAGUUUGGAGCUGCUGGAUGUGGGUGAUAGUCAUGCUACUAGUAGCGAUGCACCUUCUAGUAGCUUCUAGCUGCCAGUAGCUACUAACAGCGAUGCACCUGUUCCUAAUAGCGAUGCACCUGUUCCUCAUAAUCAUGUUCACAGGUUGACUUGAUGCAGGCCCUCCUCAAAGUUGCCUUGUACAGUUGGGCUUCAGGUGAGAGUGGGCUUUGCUGGAAUCUGACAGUGCACUAUUCGGGUACAAAAGUAUGAUUUAAUUUUGCAUUGGCUCUUGUUCCAAUGACGCUUUGGUUGGGGGAUCCGACCAGUCUUCAUGUGCAGAGAUGCUGGCAUCUGCACGCUUUGGGCAAUGGACUCCAAUAUCGUCUCCAAUGGUUGGUGUUCAAAGGAGGAUGCAACCCUGUUGUCGGAGCACACAAAUUGCGAUGAACUGGAAUCAAAGAGCAGUUCCUAUGGUUGCUUUGGCCAUUGUGAUUCCACUGAAGCCCAAGAGUUUUGGCAACUUUCGCCAGGCUUUCGCAAGUUACUUUUUUUUAGACAUGGCUUGCUACAUUUGCUGUGGCUUGUUCCUGUCUUUGGGCAAAUCUCCUAUCGCUUGGAACGGAUUAGUUGCAAUGACGCCAGCUCGUAUCAUAUCAUUCCAUUCUUUUGAUUCAUUGUUGCUGCGAGAAAACUGACUUGUGCGGUCGGCCAAGGUGGGUCUUUGCUGUGUCUCAGCUGAAGCAGAAGUAAAGGAGCUGGAGCCAGAAGAGCUUGUGCGGUGUCUCGCUGGUCACAGGCGCUGCAAGUGGAGAAGCUGUGCUCGCAUACUCUGAACGGCGAAUAGAAUACAGUGAGAACGGCUUUGAGGAUGAUGCAAGUUGUCACUGGUUUGAGCAAAGCCUGCAAGUCUGUUGAGGGCAAGAUUUCUGGGAUUCGGCGGCAAAUCCGGGAUCCCUCGGAGGCAGAGCUCUGGAGAAAUCGGGGCAAUGGUCUCUUGCAGGUGACAGAAGCCUGGUACCCCGGCAUGACAGAAGUGAAAGUCCCUGACUACUCCAACCUUGGCGAUGAUGGCCUGCCAUUGUGUGUAGAAGUGGAGCUGGACCCGAAGAAGGACUUCAAACAAAAUGCGAAAUUGUGCUUCAAGCAGGCCAGCAAGAUAACAAAAGCUAUUGAGAAGUGCGCCCCGCUCUUGAAGGCGCAAGAAGAAGAGCUUAAAGUUUGGAAAGCAACCUUGGCCAAGGUAGAAGGCCCACAGCGUGACUUUGACGCAGAGCAAGUGAAGCAGUUAUAUGAGGAGUUGUGCGCACAGCGUUUCAUCAGGAGGCCAAAGCCGAAAGUACCUAGCGAGCAGGUACAACAGCCAGAAGAAAACAAAUGGAGAAGAAAGUACGGGAAGGACGUGGACAGAUUCCUCUCUCCCAAUGGCCUAGAGGUCCUGGCGGGGCGAUCUGCCAGUGCCAAUGAGCGGGUUUCUUUCGAGCUGACCCUCAAAGAUGCCCUUUGGUUCCACACUGCCAAUGGUAUUCCUGGGUCGCAUGUCACAAUCAGAGCAGCUGCUUCUGAAGUGACUGAUGAGGACCUUGAAUUUGCAGCUGCCCUUGCGGCGUGGCAUUCGAAGGCGCGCAACAAAAUGUGGGUUCCAGUGAUGUAUUGCAAGGGUCACCAGUUGCGGAAGCCGGCGAGGCGUCGAAUUGGACAAGUGCAAGUUUCAGGGAAUUAUUGUCAACUCGAUGUCAGGCCAACUUUGCCAACCGAUUCGUGAUCCGAGACGCCGAGAGCGCAUUGCAGUAUCUUGCAAGGCGCAAUUUUCUGUGCGCAACUGGCCGCGAAGCAACGUGUAAAACGUCCGAAAUGGAAAAAGGCUUGUGACCAUUACCACCGCUUCAAGGAAGAUG